AUGGAGUUAAAGCUGUCGCGGGAGAUCGAAGAAGACUGCUGGGUGGUCGACUUUUUUGGCCCGGUUUUUGGCGAGGACGAAGCGGAGGCGAGGCAGGCCCGGUUGGCACAACGCGUUGACAUUGGCCAACGGUACGAGUAUUCCUUGAAGGACAUGAGUGAUGGAACAGUUACUGCAGGAUCAGUAUCGAGAUGGCUUUUGGACCAUCGUCAAAAUAUGAGCCACAUAGGGACGCGACAUUUUGGGCCUUUGGUUAAUCAUUCUUAUGUGCACCCGAAUUGUGAAUUUGUCAAGAUUGAGCUUGGUGAGGAAGGACAAGCAAAUGUAAUAGCGUUAAAGGCGAUUCGGCCGAUUUCAGAAGGGGAUGAGCUGUUCGUUGAUUACGGCAUAGAAUUUUGGAAGUCCAAAUCGAAGGGAAAAGUCGACCCACUUUAUUGGCGAUGCUUUUGUGCACAAUGCGCCGGUCGAUGCCAUUGCAAUAUCUGUGGCAAGAACGGCAGUAAUUAUCAUGGGGCACCGCGUGGAGCGAAAUACGAUGCAAUGCGCCAAAAGAUUAACGUUACGGCGGGGGUUGCCGCUCACGUCGAUAGCGAUAGCUGUGUGAGGUGCCGAACAGACAUCGAAGAGGUGAUUGCGGCGGCAGACCUGAAAUGGCUGGGAUUCGAGAGGAGCCGAAAGAAACUGGGAGCCAAAGAGUUUGCGGUGAAGGUGGGAGCGCUGCGAAAAACUUAUUUGGAGGUUGAGAAGAAGGGUGGAAAACAGAAGGUUCUCGAUGAGGUGAAACGAUCUUUUGGAAAGAAAUGGUCCAGGGCUCGGCCCAUUCUGAGUGCGGUUCAAGUCAAAGAUGUGCUUGGGUCGGUGGUGGCGAAUUUGCGGACGGAGCAAGGGACUUUAUAUACUAAAGAUCACCAGCGCUUGAAUGAGGGUCCAGAAGUGCUAAUGGUUCUGAAAAAGAAGAUAUGUACGUCAAAAGACGAACUUGAUUCUUUUACAAGAAUUGCGAAGAAGCACAGCUGCUACGACGAGGAUGCAAAUGACGAUCAAAAGGCGGUGGCACAGCAUUCCAGCGGGAUUGGGAAAUGGCUGGAAGAGGCCAAGGAGACGUCCGAGCGAGGCUCGGUUACAAAUGAUGCUGGAAGCUGGAUGAUAUGUACGUCAAAAGACGAACUUGAAGCUUUUACAAGAAUUGUGAAGAAGCACAGCUGCUACGACGAGGAUGUAAAUGACGAUCAAAAGGCAGUCGCACAGCAUACCAUCAUGAUUGGAAAAUGGCUGGAAGCGGCAAAGGAUAUAUCCGAGGCCUCCACCAACGCGCAAAAAAUCAUGAUGGGAUACAUCGAGCUCGGCUUAUCUAUCGAAAAACUCAAGAGCCGGAUCGAUGAGUUCGAGGAAAACAUCCCGCGCAAGCAAUGGAUACUGUUGAAAUCAGAUGUCACAGCCUCACAAGGACUAUGCAAUAACCUGACACAUCCCAUCCGGGAUAUUUACCAUGAUGACUGCAUGGAUCGCUACGAGAGGGAAAUGGAUGAGGCUCAUGAUCAUCAGGGGCCCAACAGUGAAGUGGAAGCCAGAGGUAUGCGUGAAUACGUGAACACCUUAGGCAAUGCCAUUGAUGAGGCCUACUAUGAAUGGGCUUGCACAACCGUGCCCAUCUUCAAGCUCGGGCACCAGAGCAACACACAGAACCCAGCAAUGAAGACGGGCUCAAAGAGGCUGAGAAUUGAACUACACGGCCUCCUAAAGUGCAAAAAGCGCAUGAAUGAGGGUCCAGAAGUGCUAAUGGUUCUGAAAAAGAAGAUAUGUACGUCAAAAGACGAACUUGAUUCGUUUACAAGAAUUGCGAAGAAGCACAGCUGCUACGACGAGGAUGCAAACGCCGAUCAAAAGGCGGUGGCACAGCAUUCCAGCGGGAUUGGAAAAUGGCUGGAAGCGGCAAAGGAUACAUCCGAGGUUGUGCUGAAGCUGGAAGAGCAGCGACCCAUGCAAGACGAUGAAAUGUGUUACGCCAGGACGCUUUUGGACCUUGGCCGAUACAUCCGUAGCUCUGGAGCGUGU